CCCAGGGAGGGUCUGACACACGGCCAGGGCAGGGAGGAGACUGCAGAGACAACUACACAACAGCACGACGGCUGAGAGUGCGAUCUGCAGGACACGGGGGACCCUCACUGACACUAACAGGGGGCUACUGCACAGAAAAUAACACAGAACUUUGGGGAAGCCAAGAUGACUGAGGAAGCGAUUGUUCCCGUGUACGCCACAGGGAUCUCUGCCCAACUGCAGAAACAACGGGACCAUGAGCUGGGUGUAGGGAAACACGAUAAUGCUGUGAAGUUUCUGGGACAGGAUUAUGAUCGGAUUCAGCAAGAGUGCUUACAAAAUGGAACUCUGUUUAAAGAUGACACUUUUCCUCCGACUGCUUACUCAUUGGGCUUUAAAGAGCUAGGUCCAAAUUCCUCCAAAACCUACGGAGUUAAAUGGGUCCGGCCUUCGCAACUUAUGUCCAAUCCUCAGUUUAUAGUCGAUGGUGCUACAAGGACAGACAUCUGCCAAGGGGCUCUCGGUGACUGUUGGCUCCUUGCUGCUAUAGCCUCUCUUACAUUGAAUGACACUCUUCUCCAUCGAGUGGUUCCCCAUGGUCAGAGCUUCCAGCAGAACUAUGCAGGAGUGUUCCAUUUCGAGCUCUGGCAGUAUGGAGAGUGGGUGGAUGUCGUCAUUGACGAUUUGCUCCCAGUUAAAGAUGGGAAACUGGUCUUUGUACACUCAGCCUCAGGAAACGAGUUCUGGAGCGCCCUGCUGGAGAAAGCCUAUGCUAAAGCUAAUGGAUGUUAUGAGGCUCUCUCAGGGGGGAGCACCUCUGAAGGCUUUGAAGAUUUUACUGGAGGUGUAACAGAGUGGUAUGAGCUGAAAAAACCACCAGCUGACCUGUUCUCCAUCAUUGUAAAGGCUGUGGAGAGAGGAUCCCUCAUGGGCUGCUCCAUUGAUAUCACUGGUGCACAGGAUAUGGAAGCUGUAACCUUCAAGAAGCUAGUCAAAGGUCAUGCAUACUCCCUUACUGGAGCCAAAGAGGUCAAUUUCAGAGGCCAAAAUACUAAAUUAGUUCGAAUGAGGAACCCCUGGGGUGAGGUUGAGUGGACCGGUGCUUGGAGUGAUGAUUCAAAUGAGUGGAAUUAUGUGGAUCCAUCAGAGAGAGAUGAUCUCAGACUAAAAAUGGAAGAUGGUGAAUUUUGGAUGUCAUUCCAAGAGUUCCUCAAGGAAUUUUCCCGUCUAGAAAUUUGCAAUCUCACGCCAGAUUCCUUGACAGCACGCAAAUACCGCAAAUGGAACACAACAUUUUACCAUGGAACCUGGAGAAAGGGGAGCACAGCUGGCGGCUGUAGGAACUUUCCAGCUACGUUCUGGAUUAACCCACAGUUUAAAGUGAAGCUGGAACAUGAGGAUGAAGAAGAUGAUUAUAGCAAUGAAAAAGGCUGCACUUUUCUCAUUGCCCUUAUGCAGAAAAACCGAAGAAAAGAGAGACGAUUUGGGAAGGACAUGGAGACGAUCGGUUUUGCUGUCUAUGAGGUCCCCAGAGAGUUCUUGGGACAGUCAGCUGUGCAUCUCAAGCGUGACUUCUUCCUAGCAAACGCAUCCCGCGCACGUUCCGAGCAGUUCAUUAACCUACGAGAAGUCAGCACCCGGCACAAGCUUCCCCCCGGGGAAUACAUAGUAGUGCCUUCCACCUUUGAAGCCAAUGUUGAGGGAGAUUUUGUCCUGAGAGUCUUUUCAGAAAACCGACAUGGGACUGUUGAAAUGGAUGAUCCAAUAACUGCUGUCUUACCUGAAGAGGGAGCUGUAACCGAAGCAGACCUUGAUCAAGGAUUUAAAAACCUUUUCAAACAACUUGCUGGUGCGGACAUGGAGGUUAGCGUUCAGGAGCUACAGGCCAUAUUAAAUAAAAUUAUAUCCAAACAUAAAGACCUUCGCACUAAAGGAUUUAGCUUGGAGUCGUGCCGCAGUAUGGUGAAUCUUAUGGAUAAAGAUGGAAAUGGCAAACUAGGAAUUUUGGAGUUUAAUAUCCUGUGGAAUAAAAUCAAACAUUACCUGACUGUUUUCAGACAGUUUGACAUGGACAAAUCAGGAAGCAUGAAUGCCUAUGAGAUGCGCCUGGCUGUAGAGUCCGCAGGCUUCAAACUGAGCAAUACCCUGCAUCAGCUGAUUAUCACCAGAUACUCUGAGCCUGAUCUGUCUGUGGAUUUCGAUAGCUUUGUGUGUUGUCUAAUCAGACUGGAGACCAUGUUCAGAUUCUUCCAAACCAUGGAUACAGACAAAGAUGGUGUCAUCAACUUCACUCUUUUCACUUGGCUCCAGAUGACAAUGUUUGCAUAAUGAAAUCCCUGUCCUGCAUUCGCUGGAUCCCUGAAAGCGCCUAUAAUCGACUGCAAGUGCCUUUUUCACUCGCUGCCCCUGUGCCAAAGCAAUAUAAGGAGGACCUGUCUCUUGGAGGACCUUUUCCUGCAUCUGCUCUUGUGUGGCCUCCCCUGUGUAUAGCAUCCAUUUUAUGUUUAUCAACUUUCCUCUGUUCCUGCUUCUCAAACUCAACAUCCUUCUAGUUCUCCAACAUGUAUUAGAGAAGUGACAUCAUCAGUGUGAGAGCGAUGCCAAUAUACUGCUGCCCCUCAGAUACCAUGGCCAGUUAUCUUCUAUUACCAAAGUCAUUCUUUCUGGUUUUGUACUGAGUUUUAAAUGCCAAAAUAAAGAUUAGCAUUCUGUUACCAAAAUAGCUUCAGACGUGAGCAAUACAUGUAAACUGUAUAUAGAGUGUUACUAGGUGCUGCAUUGCUUUAUCAAUACAGACUUUUCUAUUAUUACAUAAAGCCUCUUCUUCUUUA